GUCUUCCCAGGUGAGCACGCCGGCUUCAGGACAUGCACGCGCACAGCCGCAACGGGCAGGCGCACGUGCCUCGGCGGAAGCGCCGCAACCGCUUCGUCAAGAAGAACGGCCAAUGCAACGUGUACUUCGCCAACCUGAGCAACAAGUCGCAGCGCUACAUGGCGGACAUCUUCACCACCUGCGUGGACACGCGCUGGCGCUACAUGCUCAUGAUCUUCUCCGCGGCCUUCCUCGUCUCCUGGCUCUUUUUCGGCCUGCUCUUCUGGUGCAUCGCCUUCUUCCACGGUGACCUGGAGGCCGGCCCAGCGGUGGCUGCGGCGGGGGCGCCUGCGGGCAGCGGCGGGGCGGCUCCGGUGGCCCCCAAACCCUGCAUCAUGCACGUGAACGGCUUCCUGGGCGCCUUCCUGUUCUCGGUGGAGACGCAGACGACCAUCGGCUACGGGUUCCGGUGCGUGACGGAGGAGUGCCCGCUGGCGGUCAUCGCCGUGGUGGUCCAGUCCAUCGUGGGCUGCGUCAUCGACUCCUUCAUGAUCGGCACCAUCAUGGCCAAGAUGGCUCGCCCCAAGAAGCGGGCGCAGACGCUGCUGUUCAGCCACCACGCGGUCAUCUCGGUGCGCGACGGCAAGCUCUGCCUGAUGUGGCGCGUGGGCAACCUGCGCAAGAGCCACAUCGUGGAGGCCCACGUGCGGGCCCAGCUCAUCAAGCCCUACAUGACCCAGGAGGGCGAGUAUCUGCCGCUGGACCAGCGGGACCUCAACGUGGGCUACGACAUCGGCCUGGACCGAAUCUUCCUGGUGUCGCCCAUCAUCAUCGUCCAUGAGAUUGAUGAGGACAGCCCGCUCUACGGCAUGGGCAAGGAGGAGCUGGAGUCGGAGGACUUUGAGAUCGUGGUCAUCCUCGAGGGCAUGGUGGAGGCCACCGCCAUGACCACCCAGGCCCGCAGCUCCUACCUGGCCAGCGAGAUCCUGUGGGGCCACCGCUUCGAGCCCGUGGUCUUCGAGGAGAAGAGCCACUACAAGGUGGACUACUCGCGCUUCCAUAAGACCUACGAGGUGGCCGGCACGCCCUGCUGCUCCGCCCGGGAGCUGCAGGAGAGCAAGAUCACCGUCCUGCCCGCCCCGCCGCCCCCGCCCAGUGCCUUCUGCUACGAGAACGAGCUGGCUCUCAUGAGCCAAGAGGAAGAGGAGAUGGAGGAGGAGGCAGCGGCCGCUGCCGCGGUGGCCGCGGGCCUGGGCCUGGAGGCGGGCUCCAAGGAGGAGGCGGGCAUCAUCCGGAUGCUGGAGUUUGGCAGCCACCUGGAUCUGGAGCGCAUGCAGGCCACCCUCCCGCUGGACAACAUCUCCUACCGCAGGGAGUCCGCCAUCUGACCUCCAGGCCCUGCCCUCGCUGCUUCCCACAAGAGCCUCUGCUGGGGGUGGGACACCAGGACACCCCCUCCGCACUCAGGACAGAGCUGACCCUGGUUCCAUGGACCUUCUGGAGGGACGUGGGGGCCUCAAAGACUGGGACUUCAAAGUCCCUUCCUCCUGACUCCGGAGCCUAGGCCUGGGAAGGGCCCGGAUACUCUCCGCCCUGUCAGCCCGGGUCCCCCAGCACCUACCCACUGGCAGCUUAGGGACCCCAGACCCACCACCCUUUCCCCACUGACCCUUCAAGGACGUGCCCCUUUUGCUCUCAGAACCUUGGGGAAGGCGGCUGGACUGCU